AUGUAUUUAAUUAUUAAUAAACAACGAUUAUUUAAAAAUUUUUCAACACUUGACCAUAAAUAUAAAAUCAAUGAAGAUAAACAAAUUGAUUUGAAUGAUCUUUUAUUGGAAACAGAAAUAUUACAAAAUGAAUUUUAUAAUAUAUUAUUAAUCAUAUCUUUAUCAGAUGAUAAUAAAAAACAAUUAUUAUCUGUUAAAUUGCAAAAUUAUUUAUCAACUUUUAUUGAAAUUAAUUUAUAUUUUAAAAAAUUUGAUCAAUAUUUAUCAAUAAUAACUUGUUUAUCUAAUAAAUCAUCAAUAAUAAUAUCAUCUUCAUUUUUUUCAAAUAAUGAUAUUAAUAAGGAUCAUCCAUGUACACCAGAAGCUGCAAUUGUUGAUGCAAUAUUUAAAAAAAAAACAUGUUGCAUUCAACAGAUAGUUCCAUGCAGUGAUAGUCGAACACCAUUAACAGGUAAACCACGUGCACCUGAUGUAAUCAAUAAUGAAUGGAUUACUGAAUUAAAUUGA